UAGAAGUAGGGGCGACACAUUGUAUCUUAUCAGAUAGAAGAAGAAUGAAGAAGAGGAGGAGAGUAGGAAGGGAUUGCGUCAAAGUUUCUAAUUUUUACGCCGUGCCUUGUGGUUUUUUUAACCAUCUUCUUCUAAUCUUCUCUUCUUCUGAUCUGCGCCGUGAGAAGAGCCGAGGACACGCCGUGAGCCGCAGUCCGCAGAUGGCCCAGCUGACGCGGAUCCUUAGGAAGUUCUGCUGUUGUUUCGGUAUGGGAAUGAAGCUGAGGUGUUUCGAGGGAAGCGGAGGUACGAAUAGCUACUUCCUUCUAGAGAAUCUUGCCGAGAACAAAGACUCAUCGACAGAAAAGCAGGAAGAGCUCCAGUUUUUCAACGACGACGGCAGCUAUACGGGUAUAAUAGUCGAGAAGGACUUAAGGGCCAUCGACCUCUGCCUGCUCCUUGCUGUCAAGAACCGCGUCACUAAGGAUUUCUCCUGGUCCAUCGUCGAGCACUGGGUCGAGACAGGCAUAGAGAGGGUGCUCGAAGAUCACGAGGACGUACUCGCUGUACACAGGCAGACGGAGCCAGGAGCGAAAAAAUAUAUAUUCAGGAGGAUACAGAACAAAUAUGACUUUUUCACGGAGCCCGAGUCUUUCUUUCCGGCCGACAUGGUCGACCUGCGCAACUGCGACGAGGCGGUGAGCACGAGCACGUCCGAGGACUUGACAGCCGCCCUCGAACACCUCCUUACCAACUCGGAACAGUGUCCGUCCAUAUUCAGCCAGGUCUGCAUUCAGAGCCAGGCGAACAAGAACAACUGGGUCAAGACUUUCCUCCUCCUCAAAGACAACAAGCUGUUCAUGUCUUCCAAGGUGCACGUCGUCGCCAAGUUCCUAAGGCACUGGAAAAGCCGUGACAACUGCUACAGGAGCCUGGACGAACAGGACCCGAACAGGAUAUAUUUGGAGGAUGACAAGAGCCACCAGGAACUUCAGCUUUUAGCGGACCUCAAGGAGUACGAGGUUUACACAUGUCUGAACGCCAAAAACCAGCUGAGGGCCCCGACCGAAUUCGGCAUCUGCCUUCGUAAGAGCUCCGAGGAGGACUUUUCCUCCGGGAUCGUCUUCUCCUGCGAGUGCCAGAGAGACAGGACCUGCUGGCUCACUGCGAUGCGCCUCGCUAAAUACGGAAAGCAGCUACGGGAAAACUACAGGGCUUUCAAGGAGAAGCAGGAACAGAUCAACGCGAGCCAGUAUAGCAGCUACACGGUGCCGAACGAGAGCGUCAGGUCGAGGGUGGCGAUGGACUUCACGGGUAGCGUCGGGAGGAUCGUCGAAGACCCGAACGAAGCGAAGGCGAUCGCCGUGUCAGAAGGCAUAGCGUGGAGGAGGAGGUGGAGGCCUCAGGCCAAAAACGCCACCAGCCGCAGGCCGUGCAGUACAAACGACAUGGUGCACCUGGGUCAGCCAUGGUUCCACAAGACGAUGACGAGAGAGCAGGCGACAGCAUUGGUAUCAGCGCAUGGCAAUCAAGACGGGGUUUUUCUCGUAAGGGAGAGUCGAAGCAAUCAAGGCUGUUUCGUCCUGACGUUCAAGUGCAGCGGGAAGGUGAUACACAUGCCAAUCUUGCCCAUAACCGACCCCGUGAGGGACGCCCUCUGCUUCACGCUGGACAACGGCGUCACCAAGUUCUACGACCUCCUCCAGCUCAUCGAGUUCUACCAGCUGAACGCAGGUUGCCUCCCGGCCAGGCUCACCCACUACCUGGAGAAGUCGGUGCCCGACGAGAACUGACCCCGGGUCGGCGCGUCGCCGCGCCGGAGGUGAAACGGUCCAAGAUACGAAUCUCCUUCUUACACCCCCGCAAAAAAAAAAAAAAAUAACCCUGACGCGAAAAAAUGUUCCUUGUUUGUAGAAAAAUUCUCACUAUUUUUUUUUUUUUUUUUUAAUUUUAAAUACUGAACGUAUACCAAUUUUAUUAUAUUUAUUACUCUCUUAUACUAGUGAUACAGACUAAUCGAGUAUAUUAUUUAUAAAAAUUAUCGUCUUGUUAGGACACAAGUAUAAAAUUUUGAAAAGUUUUGACUACCCCUAAAGAAAAAGUACUUAGACCCUUUGCUAUGCUUCCUUUUUCAACCCUUAAAAACAAUUUUUCCAAUAAACCCUUUGAGAUUUAAAAAAAUUAUAUUUAUAAUAUAUAUAUUUAACAUAAAAAAGAAGCCUUAAAGGAAAAAAAGGAAAAAACUAUUUGUGUCUUUAAAUAGUUCUAGUUUUUAAAUUUAUUCUGUAAGUGACCUAGUACGCCCAACCACACACUACCCAUCGUAGGAACAAUCUUAACACAGGAUUAGAUUUAGCCCAAGUCUGUUUUUUUUUUACUUAUACCAACGAUAGCAUUAGUAAACACGUAAAAAUUUGGUGUAACAGGAGCUCGGUGUAAUAGCUCUUGUCCUUCCAAUACCAGGAUAAAGCUCCUGUCUGCACCUGAUACAAGAGGUCCUACAUCCCAAAUAUCAGGCUAAACCGAGCUACCGUUAGCUCCUGAAAAAAAUACACCAAAUUCCUCCCACACUUAUAUAAAUUGAGCUCCUGUCGACUCCUGAUACAAGAGCUCGUACAUCUUAAAUAUUAGGCUAAACCGAGCUACCGUUAGCUCCUGAUAAAAUAUGCCAAAUACCCCCGAUACCUAUAUAAAGUGAGUUCCUGUCAUCCUUCUGAUACAAGAGGUCCUGUCAAUUUCUGAUACUUCAGCUGCUACUUCUGAAAUAUCAGGCUUAAUCGAGCUUCUGUUGGCUCUUGAUAAAAUACUAGGAUAAAGUGAGCUCGUGUCUUAUUCUGCUACAAAAGAUGAUGAUGCUAAUCUCUCAAAUAAAUAACCGAUCUCCUGCUAGUCAUACAUGACCGACUGGUCUUUGAAAUGCCAGGGUAAAAUGAACCCCUAUUAAUUUCUACUCCAAUACCGGGAUAGAGCGAGCUCCCGACGUCUCCUGAGUUCCCAUCUCUCAGAUACUACACAAAUAAAUAUCAGGAUAAAGUGCGUUCCUGUUGGCUCCUAACAGAAGAGCUCUUUUCUAUGUAUAUCUAUCUUAUCUAAAGAGCAAGCUCUUAUCACCUACUGGUGGAACAGCUCCUAGCUCAGUAAUACUAAGCUAAAACGAGCUCCUAUCCUUCGAAGUCUCGUCAGGAAAAAAUACAUCAUACCUCAAUAGUACCAGGAGCUCAAAUAUAGCUCAAGGAAGAACUAAGAUUCUUUCAGUUUUUAGUAAAAGAGCUGUCCCAUCAAUAACCAGGAUAGAGUAAGUUUUGACCUGCUCCUGAUACAAGAGCUUCUAUUACUCCAACAUCUAAGGCUAAAAGGAGCUCCUGAUAGGUCCAAAUAAAUACGUACAAUUUUUCCAAUGCUAGGAUAAAGUGAGCUCCUAUCCAACAACAUAAGCCAAUGUCCAAUUAUUUUCCAAUACUCGGCUAAACUGAUCUCACAUUAGCUCCUAAUGCAAUACUAUGAACCGCUUCGAUACUAGGAAGAGGUAAAAACAAAUUCAAUCUUUAUACCGAUCAUGAGCUCUCAAAUCUCCAAUACACAAAGCUCAAGUCCUGUUACCUUAAAAAAA